UUCACCGUGUUUGCCCCCACCGACGCCGCCUUCGCUAGACUCCCGGCGGGCGCACUAGCGGCCAUCAGAAACGACCCGGUUAAACUGGCGGACCUCAUCAGCACCCACCUGGUGCUGACGUCGACGUACCGCGUGACCAACACCCAGCAGGACUUCAUACUCCGGUCGGAGAACGACCACCGCAUUCGCAUCAACACAUACAACAUCCUACACGUGAGUCCCGUGGUUCAUUCAUAUGUGUUUCGUGGUUCAUUCAUAUGUGUCCCGUUGUUCAUUCAUGUGUGUCCCGUGGUUCAUUCAUAUGUGUCCCGUGGUUCAUUCAUAUGUGUCCCGUGGUUCAUUCAUAUGUGUCCCGUGGUUCAUUCAUAUGUAUCCCGUGGUUCAUUCAUAUGUGUCCCGUGGUUCAUUCAUAUGUGUCCCGUGGUUCAUUCAUAUGUGUCCCGUGGUUCAUUCAUAUGUAUCCCGUGGUUCAUUCAUAUGUAUCCCGUGGUUCAUUCAUAUGUAUCCCGUGGUUCAUUCAUAUGUAUCCCGUGGUUCAUUCAUAUGUAUCCCGUGGUUCAUUCAUAUGUAUCCCGUGGUUCAUUCAUAUGUAUCCCGUGGUUCAUUCAUAUGUAUCCCGUGGUUCAUUCAUAUGUAUCCCGUGGUUCAUUCAUAUGUAUCCCGUGGUUCAUUCAUAUGUGUCCCGUGGUUCAUUCAUAUGUGUCCCGUGGUUCAUUCAUAUGUGUCGCGUGGUUCAUUCAUAUGUGUCCCAUGGUUCAUUCACCUCUGAAUUGUAAAGAAACUGCGUAAUGCUAAGUUUAAGAGUAGAGAGCUUUAAAUGGUUUCAAAGUCCGUUCAUACUGGCGAUGGUACAGUGUUUCUUUCAGGAAACACCCCCGUAUAUAUGAGAACACCCCUCCCCCCAAAUGUAACGAUCAUAAAUUUCAUUUAAAAGGCAGAAAAUUGUCAUAUUUACAUUUUCAAAUAUUCACAUAUUCAAAUAUUCACACAUUCACAUAUUUAUUUUACACAUUCACGUAUUCAAAUAUUCACAUAUUCAAACAUUCAUAUCUUAAUAUAUUCACAUAUGUAAAUAUUCACAUAUUAAAAUUUUUACAUAUUCAAAUAUUCACAUGUUCACAUAUUGUAAUAUUCACAUAUUAAAAAAUUCAUAUAUUCAAUAUUCAAAGAUUCAUACAUUAACAUAUUCACAUAUUCAAAUAUUCAUAUAUUUAAAUAUUCGCAUAUUGUAAUAUUCAAAUCUUCAAAUAUUCACAUAUUCAAAUAUUCAAAGAAUAACAUAUUAACAUAUUUACAUACUCGAAUAUAUAAAUAUUCAAAAAUUCACUUUUCAAAUAGUUACAUCUUCAAAUAUUCACAUAGUCACAUCCUUUGGCACAUUCCCACACAAUCAAUCAACAGUUCCUGUUCUUGUUGCAAGCUUAAAGGCACCAUUAAUUUAUUAUUUGAAUUUGCCAAUUUGGCAAGUCACUUAACAUAGUUAACCCACACCUCCCCCCCCCCCUCUUUCCCACAAGUUUCAAAUCAAUCCCAUGAUCCUUUCUCCCCACCCAUCCCACCCCCAGACCGUUACUUUGGCACAUUCCCACACAAUCAAUCAACAGUUCCUUUUCUUGUUGCAAGCUUAAAGGCACCAUUAAUUUAUUAUUUGAAUUUGCCAAUUUGGCAAGUCACUUAACAUAGUUAACCCACCCCUCCCCCCCCCCCUCUUUCCCACAAGUUUCAAAUCAAUCCCAUGAUCCUUUCUCCCCACCCAUCCCACCCCCAGACCGUUACGGCCGACGGCGUCAACAUCACCACCAGAAACAUCCCUGUCAGCCACGGCGCCGUCCACGGCAUCGACGGUGUCCUCGUGGUGCCGACCGCCAGCGUCGCUCAGAUCGCCUUCAGCAGAGCAGACUUGACCCAGUUCGCGUCACUUCUUGUUCAGGCAAACCUUGUCAAUUUUAUCACAGGUAUGUCAAGUCAGAUUCACAGGUAUGUCAAGUCAGAUUCACAGGUAUGUCAAGUCAGAUUCACAGGUACGUCAAGUCAGAUUCACAGGUACGUCAAGUCAGAUUCACAGGUAUGUCAAGUCAGAUUCACAGGUACGUCAAGUCAGAUUCACAGGUACGUCAAGUCAGAUUCACAGGUAUGUCAAGUCAGAUUCACAGGUAUGUCAAGUCAGAUUCACAGGUAUGUCAAGUCAGAUUCACAGGUAUGUCAAGUCAGAUUCACAGGUAUGUCAAGUCAGAUUCACAGGUAUGUCAAGUCAGAUGAUGCAAACAUUAUUUCCUUACUUUUUUUUUUUUUUUGGUUGGGGAAUGACAGUGGUUCUUAACCUGGGUUCGAUCGAACCCCAGGGGUUCGGUGAGUCAGUCUCAGGGGUUCGGCGGAGGCCCAAAAAAAAAAAAAAAUUAGAAAAAAGCAUAUUUUAGUUUCCUUAUUAAGAAGGGUUCGGUGAAUGUGCAUAUGAAACUGGUGGGGUUGAGUACCUCCAAAAAGGUUAAGAACCACUGGGGUAAGACCAGGUGUGGCGAAAAAUGUAUACUCUCUUUAUUAAACAUCUCCAUUUUUUUAAAAAGAAAAAUCAAGAGACUCAUCGUAAUUACAUUUAUAUGUCCAGCUAGUAAAAAAAAAAAUGAGAUUUGCAUUAAUGUUAGUGUCGAUCAACAGAGGAUCCGCCUAAGACAAGAAGAUUAAAAAGUGGCGUUAGACUAAGCUGUUUACUAAAGUUCACGUUUUUUAAAAAAAAAACACGAUCUUGGGAAAUAUGGACUAAAGGAUGCCUCAAAAGCGAACGUAACAUACAAAAGAAGAAAAACCAGUAGCACUUUAUUUCAUGUGUAACGAACUUGAAAUUAACAUGAAAUAUAACAUAAACUACAGAAAAUACAUAAGAAAUGCAUAAAUCAGACUUGGUGAAAUAAGUAAGAAAUGCAUAAAUUAGACUAGAUGUUAUACAUUACAAAUCAAUAAACUAAACUAGAGAAAAUGCAUGACAAUUGCAUAAAUUAGACAAGAUAUAAUGUAUAAGAAAUUCAUAAAUUAGACUGGACAGAAUAAAUAAAUUAUGCACAAAUUAGAUUACAUGAAGUGCAUAAGAAAUGUAUAAAUUAGACUAAAAAAGUGCAUGAUAAAUACAUGUGUAUAAAUAGGGAAAUGGAUCAGAUAUGCUUAUAUUAUACUUCGGGAAGUGUUUUAGAAAUGUUUAAAUCAGACUUGAGAAAAUGGUUAAAUAAGGCUAAAUAAAAUUCAUACGGUUUGCAUAAAUUAUACUACCGAUAGCAUAUAUUUAUGACACACAUGCGAAAUACGUCUGCCUGAGAUUGACAGACGAUUUUAAAGCCAUGAUGUUUAAUCCAAGUACAAAUGAACAAGAUGAUUUAUUGUAUUUUUAUUUUUGGUGUAUUUAGUUUCCUUCCCAUCUCCCAGCUGACCAAAACGUCACACUUUUCCUGCCUAACACUUUUCCUGCCUAACACUUUUCCUGCCUAACACUUUUCCUGCCUAACACUUUUCCUGCCUAACACUUUUCCUGACUAACAUUUUCCCAUCUCCCAGCUGACCAAAACGUCACACUUUUCCUGCCUAACACUUUUCCUGACUAACAUUUUCCCAUCUCCCAGCUGACCAAAACGUCACACUUUUCCUGCCUAACAUUUUCCCAUCUCCCAGCUGACCAAAACGUCACACUUUUCCUGCCUAACAUUUUCCCAUCUCCCAGCUGACCAAAACGUCACACUUUUCUUGCCUAACAUUUUCCCAUCUCCCAGCUGACCAAAACGUCACACUUUUCUUGCCUAACACUUUCCCAUCUCCCAGCUGACCAAAACGUCACACUUUUCUUGCCUAACAUUUUCCCAUCUCCCAGCUGACCAAAACGUCACACUUUUCCUGCCUAACACUUUCCCAUCUCCCAGCUGACCAAAACGUCACACUUUUCCUGCUUAACACUUUCCCAUCUCCCAGCUGACCAAAACGUCACACUUUUCCUGCCUAACACUUUCCCAUCUCCCAGCUGACCAAAACGUCACACUUUUCCUGCCUAACACUUUUCCUGCCUAACACUUUCCCCUCUCCCAGCUGACCAAAACGUCACACUUUUCCUGCCUAACAACGAUGCCUUCAAGAGCGUCUCGCCCAGCGUCCUGGCGUUCUUUGAAAGCCACCCUGCAGAUUUAUCAGGUAUAGUCAUCAACAUCCUUCUGAGCCACUGUCACCAAGCAAUUUUCAUCAUGUUAUCGCCAAUAAUUUGUCAUUAUUUUGUAACUAAUUACGUAUCUUCAUAUCACCAAUUACUUAUUAUCUUGUCACCCAUGACUUAUCAUUUAGAAUCCAAUUAUUUAUCAUCUUGUCACCUAUUACUUAUCAUCUUGUAACAUAUUACUUAUCAUCUUGUCAGGAAGUUGACAAGAGAAACUAAUCACAAACUUGUAAUUUAAUGCAUGUCAUUAUAUUAUUUCUAUAAUCUUUGUAACAAGUUCUCGUGUUCAAUUUGUCACCAUUUAACUUGUGACAAGUUCAUGUGUUUACUUUGUCACCGAGUAACUUAUGACAAGUUCUCGUGUUUAAUUUAUCCCCAUGUAACUUGUGACAAGUUCUUGUGUUCAAUUUGUCACCAUUUAACUUGUGAAAAGUCCUUGGGUUAAAUGUGUUAUCAUAAAGUUGUGACAAGUUCUUGUGUUCAUUGUGUCACCAAGUAACUUGUGAAAUGUCCUUGUGUUUAAUGUUUUAUCAUGAACUUGUGACAAGUUCAUGUGUUCAAUUAGUCCCCAAGAAACUUGUGACAAGUUUUCGUGUUCAAUUUGUCAUCGCUUGUGACAAGUUCAUGUGUUCAUUUUGUCCCCAAGUAACUGUGACAAGUUCUCGUGUUUAAUUUUUCAUCGCUUUUGACAAGUUCAUGUGUUCAAUUUGUCCCCAAGUAGCUUGUGACAAGUUCUUGUGUUCAAUUUGUCAUCACUUGUGACAAGUUCAUGUGUUCAAUUUGUCCCCAAGUAACUAGUGACAAGUUCUCGUGUUCAACUUGUCAUCGCUUGUGACAGGCUCAUGUAUUCAAUUUGUCCCCAAGCAACUUGUGACAAGUUCUCGUGUUCAACUUGUCAUCGCUUGUGACAAGUUCAUGUGUUCAAUUUGUCACCAUUUAACUUGUGACAAGUUCAUGUGUUCAAUUUGUCACCAUUUAACUUGUGACAAGUUCAUGUGUUCAAUUUGUCACCAUUUAACUUGUGACAAGUUCAUGUGUUCAAUUUGUCACCAUGUAACUUGUGACAAGUUCAUGUGUUCAAUUUGUCAUCAUGUUACUGGGUGAAUACUUAAUGUUGUUUUUUUUUUUUUUAAUAACUUCCAACACGUCUAGAAUAAUGUUACCGGAAAUUUGUUUGAAAGAAUUGUCGUCGACACAAAAUUCAUCGACGGAAGUUUGGUCGAAUGGAAGUUUGGUCGAAUGGAAGUUUGGUCGAAUGGAAGUUUGGUCGAAUGGAAGUUUGGUCGAAUGGAAGUUUGGUCGAAUGGAAGUUUGGUCGAAUGGAAGUUUGGUCGAAUUUUGUUUCAGUUCACACGAUCAAAUAUUCGUCAAAUUUUUGUUUGAGCGCACUAUACCAUAUGGUAAAACAAAAUAAUGCUUUCCAUUUUUUCCAUCGUAGAAAUUCCUUUCAAUCAAAUUACCGGAUACGGUAGAAUAACUGAUAAAAAUAUUAUUAUCUUUUUUAAAACUAGAAACAAUAAAGUACCACAUUGUUCGAACCAUGACCAUAUUCAGCCUCGGUUUGAGGCACAGUUUGACCUUGACCUCGGCUGACACAAAUCACGACCAGCUGAUGGUCCUGGAAGACGAUGGUAGGUCGUUGGUCUUUUGUUUUAAUAAGGAAGAGAUAUUUGCUUAUGUGAAUAAUGUCCUACCUUAAGAUCUGCACUAAGACCCAUAUUAAGACCCACAUUAAGACCUACUUUAAGACUUAUUUUAAGACCUGAAUUAUGAAACAUUAAAACACUUAGAUUAGUCUACGUCAAGACUAAAGUGUCAAAUAAAUUAUCCAAUAUUUUAGGUCAAAAGAGUUGGGUGGUUUUUUUUGGAGUAAUUUUUGUCAAACCCAUAGAUAACCUCUAACAAUUCAUAAGUGACUUCCAGCUGGAUCGUGUGUGUUGAAUUAUCUCCUUCUUCAAUCGGGGACUAGCAUGAACUUAAACAGCUGUCUUAUAUAUAUAAAAUAAUAAUAGAUACGAUUAUUAUUCAUACGUUAAAAUAAGAUUUUUUAUUGAUAAGAUAAGAUUCAUUAUUGAUUUUAAAUAAAUACAUUGUACAAAUUGAUGUUUCAGCACAUACAUAAAUACAUAUUUUCACCACGACAACAUUGUACAAUUCUAUCAAUUUAAACACAAGUCGUCUAGGACUAUUUCUCUAGCGUAGAUACAAUUCUAUCAAUUUAAACACAAGUCGUCUAGGACUAUUUCUCUAGCGUAGAUACAAUUCUAUCAAUUUAAACACAAGUCGUCUAGGACUAUUUCUCUAGCGUAGAUACAAUUCUAUCAAUUUAAACACAAGUCGUCUAGGACUAUUUCUCUAGCGUAGAUACAAUUCUAUCAAUUUAAACACAAGUCGUCUAGGACUAUUUCUCUGGCGUAGAAAUCUGUCAUCAAUCAACUCGUUUAGAAGCAGUAAUGCCUUAAUUAGUGAUCAUUUAGAUGUUGUUAACCGCUGGGUGAGCACUCUGGUAAAUUCGUACAGACAGGGGACCAAAAGAAAUGGUAUAUUUUUCUGUACUAUCUUUAAGAGAGAGGAUUUGCCUUGAUCAAGCUGAUCUUAGGUAUCUGUGAAGAAGUGGGCAGGAUGUAUCAUCCAAAAAUUAUAGUUUUAAAACGGCAUUUUUGUUGAAAUAGUUUUUUCAAGAGAAUCAUGUUUAGUUUGUAUGAUACUACUAGCUUUCUUCAGUAGUCUAUUUAAUGGGUGCCUGCUUUCAGACGAUGAAUUCCCGCACCAGCAGGUAACACUGAAGUUUAGUAGGCUUCCAAUUGCUGCCUUUUUGAAUAAGUUUAAAAGUUUUUGGGUUGAAUUUUUUGUAUACAGCAUUUGACCGUGUUCAGGCCAUAUCAGCUUAUUAUGAAUGAUGACACCUAAGUGACUUAUAUGUCUCUACUUUUUCUAUCCUUUCCCAGCCGGUGGUGUUUCCAUCAACACGGCCAAGAUUGUGCAGAAAGACAUCAUCGCGACUGACGGAGUCAUUCACAUCGUCAACAAGCUGCUGAUACCAACCCGAGUGCUGAUCCACAUUGCUGACAGCGGCAUCGUCGUUGGGUAACCCGAUGACGAGAUCAGCUCCCAUGAUAUAAGCAGUCUAAGGAAACAUGUAUCGUUGUCCGAAUAAAACAGCAUGAUCUCAGUUUAGAAGAUUGUCAUGUAUCAUUGCUAUUCAUUUACGGAGUAUGAUGAGACCACUUCGAUGAACGACUUUACCUCUCUCUCUCUCUAUUAAUAUAUAUUUCCUCUCUCUUUCUCUCUCUCUCUGACACUCUCUCUGACUCUCUAUCUUUGACUCUCUCUCUUUCUCUCUAUCUCACUCUCUCUCUUUCUCUCUACCUCACUCUCUCUCUAUAUCUUUCUCUCUUACUCUCUCUCUCUCUCUCUAUCUCUCUCUCAUGAGCCAGCAUAGACAUCAACGAAUGGGAGAUCAUUGCUGAGGAACUUUCCAGCAGGAAAACAGCAGUGUAUGAAGAAGUCAAACAGGAAGAAGAUGCGCGAAACGAAGCUACGGGAGGCCAACUCUACCCAGGGGUCAAGAUUCUCCUGCGAGAAAUGCAGCCGAGGUUGCCAUUCCAGGAUCGGCCUAGUGAGCCAUUUGUUGGAGUGUACAUAGCUACUCCAUCGUCUCUCGAAGACGGAAGAAUACCAUAGAUAGAUAUUAGCAUGAAAUCUUCUUUGUUUUACUACAAAUCGCUGAACAUUAUUGAACUGUAUGAGAAGAUGAGGGGAAUAAGUUGUCACUUUGUGUAGAGAGAGGAUUAGGACCGACGUCGGGCGGACCUGCGAACUGUUUGUUAAAAGAUGAGCGUCUCGAAGUUUAUCACUUAGUCUUUUUAAAGUCGUCCCCACGUCUUGGAGUGGUCAUGUUUGUUGAACAACUCAGACGGGAGUCAAGUGGGGGGGGGGGGGUGGGGGGCGGGGGGUGGGGGGGGGGGGGGGGGGGGCGGGGAAUGGAAAAUGGGAGUCGAGAAUUGAAAAAGGGGGGACGGGGGGGGGGCGUCGUUAAGAGUUGGGGGUUCGAUGGUAAGGAGAAAUGGUUUAACUGAUCAAAGUUGUAGUAGUUUACAAAUUAAAUAUUGGAAAAAGACAUUUUGAUUUCCCGGACACAAGCAACGCACUGAGAAGGACGCCAUCUGAGAAUAUUUGGUUCAUUCUUCAGUUUGAUACGGAGCACAGAAGCUAUUUGCAAAUUCUAAAGUAUGCAAGAAAAAUAUUUAAAAAUGAAACGUGAUCUUCAGCGUAAUGUAAGUUUGAUGUAUCUAGUGUGUCUACAAGGGCUUUCAUAGUGUGUCUACAAGGGUUUUCAUCGUGUGUCUACAAGGGCUUUCAUAGUGUGUCUACAAGGGCUUUCAUAGUGUGUCUACAAGGGCUUUCAUAGCGUGUCUACAAGGGCUUUCAUAGUGUGUCUACAAGGGCUUUCAUAGUGUGUCUACAAGGGCUUUCAUAGAGUGUCUACAAGGGCUUUCAUAUUGUGUCUACAAGGGCUUUCAUAGCGUGUCUACUUCAUAGAGUGUCUACAAGGGCUUUCAUAGUGUGUCUACAAGGGCUUUCAUAGCGUGUCUACAAGGGCUUUCAUUUGAAUUACAUCAUUUGAAAACAAACGUAAUUUUGAGAAAAUCUUUGCACCGUUUGCUAUUUCGGUCUUUAAAACGAAACAUAUUUUAAGAACAAUUUAAGUACAGCUGUAAAUUAUCAAUAAUGAUCUUGGCAUCCUGACUUCCUUCUACAUCAACAAUUCUUCGGACGUGAUUGCCCCCCUUCCCCUCCCACCCCCCACCCCGGGGUUUUUUGUUUCUUUUCUUUCAAUAAGCCUCACUGGCAAACACUUUUUACACUACUGGAUCUUGUUUUAGUGAUAUGUUCUUAUCUAUACCGUGGGAACAAUGCAACAUGGCUGCCAGAAAAUCAACUUUCAUAAUAGCAAACAGAUACGUUUAAAAGAAAAAAACAUACACAACCGUUUCUCGUAAUGUUAUUCAAGUGUAAAGAUAAGUCAAAAGCACAAGUGCUUAGCGUGUCCACACCUGAUCUCCUUGUUACAAACAUUGGUUGUUUAUUACCUUUGUGUCUCCAAUCCAAGCUUAUCUCUCUCUCUGUUUUUCUUCUCUUUCGAUCUGUCUCUCUCUCUCUCUCUUUUUCUCUCUCUCUCUCUCUCUCCCUCUCUCUCCCUCUGUCUCACACACACAAACAUACAUACACAGAUACAUGCAUACACAUAAAAGCACAUACACACUCACAUACAUACACGUUAAACACACAUUCACAUGCACGAACUCAUACAAACACAUAUACAAACACACACACACACUACCGCGCGUUCAUUAAAAAAACCGAGAUAUCGACACGGUUUUAGUGGGGGGGGGGGGAUUAUUAUUAGAUUGGAAAAAAUUCAGACCAGAAAAUUUUAGAAAGAAACAUUUACGACAUAAAUAUAANUAACCUCUAACCCUACAUUUAACCUCUAACCCUACAUUUAACCUCUAACCCUACAUUUAACCUCUAACCCUACAUUUAACCUCUAACCCUACAUUUAACCUCUAACCCUACAUUUAACCUCUAACCCUACAUUUAACCUCUAACCCUACUAGAACUCUUCAUUUCCUGGUCUCCUCCCUCCCACAAGAGCAAGACGUUUCUGGAGCCAACAUCCGUCAAAUUUUUCUUGUCAGUCAUGCUGGCCAUUCGGGAAAAAAACGUUUUGGACAAGAUAAGAAAAUGUUGCAAAUCACGCAACUCUAAUGACCUUAGUGGACAGUGGCGCCCGAUUUUAUCUUUCCAUUUUCGGUUUCAGAUGAAAUUAAUCAUCAAAUAGAAGACUUGUCGUGAAAAGGUAAUUUAUUUUUGACAUAAUGUAACAGAAAUAUCUUCACCUUGUCGUACAGUGGUGUAUGACUUAUUGAUAUUUUUUUUUUUUUAAAUUGCAUAGUGAUUAAAACGAAGUUUCUAUUUCUUAUUUAUUGAUCUGUCAUUGGUUUGAUCUUUAAUCCCGAUUUUUUAAAUUAUUUAUAAUUCUUUUUUUAGUGACCACAAUUAUUAUGUAAUAUCGUACUUAAUUAUAAUAUUAUUCAAAUUAAAUGUGAACCUGUUUUAGCAUGAGAAUUUUAAAAGACAAUUUUCGUUUUCAAAAUGACUUAUUUGAAAUAAUUUUUUGUAAAGUUUGUGAAUUUUUGUGUGUCCAGGACCUCCAUCAGCACAUCAUCUAGUAACAUGCCGUCUCUAGUUUUAAGCCUCUGUCUGCUUAUUGCGGCACAUUCUGCUUCAGCCCAGACAUGUAAGUGGUUUUAAAAAGGACACAUCUACAAUUCGCCCUGCAAAUACAACUAAAACUAACACUACCAAUACAACUGACACUACCAUAUCAACCAAAACUAACACUACCAAUACAACUGACACUACCAUAUCAACCAAAACUACAAUCCAACUAACAUUAACCAAUACUGCUACCACAGCCCUUACAACAAUACAAUUUAUAUUUUAACCACCACUAAAAUAAACAAGGUCUAAUAUUUCCUACGAAGUUUUUAUUUCUUAAUCUAUUCGAAGACAAUCAGAAUUUUACUUUAAAUACCUUCUCUUUCUUCAGUUCCCAACAUUGUUGCGGCACUGAACUCCACUGGACAUUUCACGGUAUUUAGUGAUCUAUUGGCCAAAUCAGGCAUUCUUAAAGAUGUCAACAAUUGUGAGUAUUAUUAUAAAACUUUAAGUGUUAAAUUUCAGUUGAAUUUGCAAAAAAAUUUGUGUCUUUUUUGGGUUUUUUUUUAUCACCAUUGCUUAACAUCACUAGCGGAUCAGCACACACAAAAAAUAGCUGUAUUACAAUGAACUUAUUGUUGGUAAAACUAUUGGCUGCCGGGUGGUCGAGCUGUCUAAACUGUCUCAAACCAAAUAGCCGGUGGUCUGGCGCUCUAUCCCCACCACAGUAAACAUCCCAAGCACCCACGGGUGGAUGGGACUCGCUAGCCUUGGGGGGCAACCCAUCUAAGAGAAGGCAAAUUGUGAAUUUAAACCAGAAGCCAGAAUGGUCAACAAAUGUAUCAUAUAUAAGAAGAAGAAGACAUAACCCUUUUUUUAAGCGAUGGCUUAAAUUGUGCAGAUAUUUCCAAUAAACUAUCCUGGCAAUGCAUACAUUUUGUAUAAAUUGCAAUUAUUUAUUCAUUUUGCAAUUAAAUUUAAGUGCUGUGUCUUGAAUAAAAUCAUUUAAGAAUGCUAUUUAUUAUGGACCGCAUUUGUGUGCGUGCUUGCUUGUUCAUGAAAGGUGUUGAACGAGAGACUGGUGUUGUGAGGCAUGCAAAUCUAUGGCAAUAAACGGAAUACGAACACCGAGGUUGUAGUUUGAAUGCUUUCCCAAAAACAAAAUACCAACCUGCCCAAGGUCUACAUUGUGCAUGCAUUUCAAAAACCAAUCAAGCCCAUGGAAUAUAUUUCUAAAUGUUCAAACCUUCCAUUGACUUGCAUUUAACAGCUUUUUCUAUCUUUAUUGCACGCCCUCCAAUCGCACAGCCUUACAUUUCACGGUGUUCGCCCCGACGGACGAGGCCUUAGCCAAGCUGCCCGCGGGCACUCUCACCGCCAUCGAGGGCGAUCCCGCUAAGCUGGCUGACUUCGUCGGCACCCACGUCGUUCUGACGGCCAGUUUCCACCUGAUGGGGACGCAGCAAGACAAACAGAUCAGGUCCACGAAUAACCAUUGGAUCAGGAUUAACACUUACAAUAUUCUCCAUGUAAGUGGACCUGGGGGGGGGGGGGGGUGGGAGGGGGGAGGGGGAAGAGUACCAACUAAAAGAUAUAUGUGGACGGGGAGUACCAACUCAUUAUUUUCCCAUAACGGGACAAAGAAUGUAAGAGGUCGUAGUGGGGGAGGAUUGGUACCAAUUCAUUCGUUUCACAAAACGGGACUAAAGAUAUGUCAAUAAUUACAUAGAUUUCUCUGUAAUAGAUUUUCCUUAUACCCCAGACUUUAAUAGCAGCCUUUUUGUAAAACAUACAUCCAAAAUUUCCUUUUUUUUUUUUGUGCAAAGGACCAUUACAGCCAGUCUAAGUUUAACAUCAAAUAUACUUACAUUUUAAAUCCCUAGACCGUGACAGCUGACGGGGUCAACAUUACGGUGAAGAACAUCGCCGUCACCCACGGGACCCUGCACGGCCUGGACGGCGUCCUCGUCCCGCCAACGUCCAGCGUGUCCCAGAUCGCUUUCAAAAGGGCGGACCUGAGCAACUUCACAUCCCUGGUGGUCAAGGCCAAUCUGAUCAACUACCUCACAGGUACUCCCACUAACUCACAGGUACUCCUCCCGUGUAACGGCAUUAAUGUUCGUGGACGCGUGUUGACGGCUGAUAUGGGGGUUGGCUAUUUUAUAUAAGGCAAUAGAAAAGUGACGGAAAUGUAAUUUAUAUUCUGUCAAUGCAUAACUGUAAGACGUUAUGUUAAGAAAAUGGGGGGGGGGGGCAGGGGUGUCCGACCAGGGUGACCUUUUUUUUUUUUUCUAUGUAUAGAGAGAGGCAUGAUAUUUUUUGGCCAAGUUCAGAUUUUUUUUCAUAAGGGAAAGGGAGGGGGGGGGGGCGUCAAUAAAUGUGUCCCACACCGGGUGGAACUAACCCUAGCUACGCCACUGCCUCGCACGUGCUACAACAAACCGAUGCUACAGUUAGUGCAAGGAGUAAAACAUUGCACUAACGGAACAGAAAAAGGGCUUAAUCGCUAGCCUUCUGAUCCAACCCCCUAAUGAAAUGAACAACCUGGAGGUGAGAUAAGACGCAAGAGUUCUGAUCCAACCCUCUAAUGAAAUGAACAACCUGGAGGUGAGAUAAGACGCAAGAGUUCUGAUCCAACCCUCUAAUGAAAUGAACAACCUGGAGGUGAGAUAAGACGCAAGAGUUCUGAUCCAACCCUCUAAUGAAAUGAACAACCUGGAGGUGAGAUAAGACGCAAGAGUUCUGAUCCAACCCUCUAAUGAAAUGAACAACCUGGAAGUGAGAUAAGAUCGGAAUGCAUCGCUUCUCGGCGUCAACCCGGUGCAAUGAAACGUGUACGAACGGUCUGCUACGUCACGAAUUUUCGUGACGUGAGUUGUCAUGUCGCACCUGAACUUUUUUCAUUAUGUCCAUAUCUAUAGAAAUCUAAUGAACUAUCAUAUUUUAAAAAAAAACAACUUCUUGUAGCUAGUAGCGACGGUACGUACUUCAUACCCAGCAAUGACGCCAUCAGCAAAUUGUCCCCAGCUGCCUUGACCUACUUGGAAGCACAUCCCGCAGAUCUGGCUGGUGAGUUAAUGUUACAUUUAUUUUAUUGGGACACUUGUUGAAAAAAAAAGUUUUUUCUUAUUAUUCGCUAAGUUUAUUUAUUGGUUUUAAUUUAAUUUUUUUUGGCGUUAAUUUAUUUGUUGGUGUUAAUUUAUUUGUUGGCAUUAAUUAAUUUAUUGGUGUUAAUUUAUUUGUUGGCAUUAAUUAAUUUAUUGGUGUUAAUUUAUUUAUUGGUCUAAUUUAUUUAUUGGUGUUAAUUUUUUAUUGGUAUUAAUUAAUGUAUUGGUGUUAAUUUAUUUGUUGGCAUUAAUUAAUGUAUUGGUGUUUAUUUAUUUUUGGCAUUAAAUAAUUUAUUGGUGUUUAUUUAUUGAUAUUAAUUAAUUUAUUGGUGUUAUUUAUUUGUUGGCAUUAAUUAAUUUAUUGGUGUUAUUUAUUUGUUGGCAUUAAUUAAUUUAUUGGUGUUUAUUUAUUGGUAUUAAUUAAUUUAUUGUUGUUUAUUUAUUUAUUGGUGUUAAUUUAUUUAUUGGUGUUAAUUUAUUUAUUGGUAUUCAUUUUUAGGCUAGAAUUGUAUUGCAUUGUUUGAUUUAUCGUAUCUCGUGUAGAUUCACACUAAGACUGCCUCUAUUUGACUUGUAAACCAAUGGAAUGUUCCACAGAGACCAUCAAGUACCACAUAGUCCGAUCUAUGACCGUCUUCAGCCUCGGUCUGAAGCACAGUCUAUCCAUGACCUCAGCAGACAACAACCAUGACCUUUUGAUGUUUUUGGAAGACGGAAGUGAGUAUUCCGCUCAUCUUAGAAUUCACCUCACCGAGUUCAAAUUUGCUUAUGCUCUUGCUUUCCCAUGUCGAAGGCGUUUUGUCUAUACGCUUGACGUUAGGUUUUGUUGCAAGACUUUUCGUACCAUCGAACGUUGUAGUGACAAGCUAGGGCAAAGUCCAGUGUGUGUGUGUCUGUGCAUGCGAGCGUGUGUGGUUAGGUGUAAAAAAUAACCAUGUCUUGUUAGUAUUGACUGUCUUGUUAGUCUUGACUGUCUUGUUAGUCUUGACUGUCUUGUUAGUCUUGACUGUCUUGUUAGUAUUGACUGUCUUGUUAGUAUUGACUGUCUUGUUAGUAUUGACUGUCUUGUUAGUAUUGACUGUCUUGUUAGUAUUGACUGUCUUGUUAGUCUUGACUGUCUUGUUAGUCUUGACUGUCUUGUUAGUCUUGACUGUCUUGUUAGUAUUGACUGUCUUGUUAGUAUUGACUGUCUUUUUAGUCUUGACUGUCUUGUUAGUCUUGACUGUCUUGUUAGUAUUGACUGUCUUGUUAGUCUUGACUGUCUUGUUAGUCUUGACUGUCUUGUUAGCCUUGACUGUCUUGUUAGUAUUGACUGUCUUGUUAGUCUUGACUGUCUUGUUAGCCUUGACUGUCUUGUUAGUAUUGACUGUCUUGUUAGUAUUGACUGUCUUGUUAGUAUUGACUGUCUUGUUAGCCUUGACUGUCUUGUUAGUAUUGACUGUCUUGUUAGUCUUGACUGUCUUGUUAGUAUUGACUGUCUUGUUAGCCUUGACUGUCUUGUUAGUCUUGACUGUCUUGUUUGUCUUGACUGUCUUGUUAGUCUUGACUGUCUUGUUAGCCUUGACUGUCUUGUUAGUAUUGACUGUCUUGUCAGUCUUGACUGUAUUUUCAGUCUCGACUGUCCUUUAUGUUUGAUUUUCAUUAUGUCAUGAUUGGCGUCUAUACAUGACUGUCUUUCAUGUCUCAUCUGUCUGUUGAGUGUCUUUGAUGUCUCGUCUGACUAUUGACUGUCUUUUAUGUCUCGCCUGACUAUUGACUGUCUUUGACGUCUCGCCUGAUUUUUGGCUGUCUUUGUGGUCUCGCCUGACUAUUGACUACCUUUGAUUGUUGACUGUCGUGUUGCCUCGUCAGGUGGUGGGUUCAUCAUCAACGACGCCAAGAUCGUAGAGAAAGACAUCAUAGCGACGGACGGUGUUAUUCACGUCAUCGACAAGGUUCUCAUCCCGUCCCGUGUUCAAGCCCACAUUGACGACUUUGGUGCCGUGGUUGGUUAAUGUUUUAUACUGACGGGACUCUGGCUGAUCCUAUUCAAUCAAAUAAAAACUACAUUUGAAACCCUUGUUUCUGUAAAGUUUUUUUUUUUUAAAUUUGUUUGACAUUGAUGUAAAUACGCUCCAUUCAAAUCUCACUAUAAUUUUGAUUUCCUUAAUGGGGGGCUAGGAAUAAAAGAUAUAUAGAAUUGGAUAAACAGUUCUUUUUCUUUUUUUUUGUUGUGCUGGCUUCCGUCCGUCGCAAUGUGACGAUGGUGUGGGCUUCCGAGAAAAAAUCUAAUACACCUCAGAUUAUUUUUUCAAGGUUUAUAAGCUGGUUCCCAACAGCAAAUCGCCUAUCUCCACGCCGCUGGAUAACCCAAGGGAACAUCAUUUUGAUGAUACAGCUUGGCACCAGUGACGUCUCAGGAGUUGUCGGAAUGCUUCACUGCGCCAAUGUUAUCCGCCUACGGGACUGCAUCUCCGGGUUUCCUUCUCUCAGAUGAGUUGCCAUCCGAGGUUAACGAGUCCCAUCCACCCGGGGUGAUGGUGAUGUUUUUGCUUGACAGGGCUCUGGCUUGAACUGAACUCCAGAUCACCAACCUUGAGAUUUGCUGUUUAGACCUGGAUAAACAUAUAGAAUUGAAUAAACAUAUACAUUUGGAUAAACGUAUAAAAUUGGAUAAACAUAUAGAAUUGGAUAAACAUAUCUUUAUUUUAAAAAAUCGUUAGUAAAAUGUAAACAAACUACUAAUUACGUGUCAACCAUCUGUCAAACGAAUAAAAAAUGCCAGAAAACUAAGGGACAACGACAGAUCACAUGUCAGUCAUGAUGCCGGUUGAUAGUCCAGAAUCUGAUAUUGACAAGCCAAGCCAAAUACAAAUUUUAAGGGCAUAUGAUUUUAAAAAAUACUAAAUUAAGGGUACCAUCCAUAAAUGACGUUGCGUUCUUAUGAACCCCCUCGUACCCCAUCGUCACAAAUCACCAUGCGUGACGUCAUAGUGUAUGGACACCCCCCCCCCCCCCACAGCAGUGCUGACGUGUCUUUAAGAUAUUUGUCUUAUAGGGUCUUACGUGAUCACGUGGUGUGCUACGUGAUCACGUGGUGUGUAACACGAUCACGGGUAUGUGAAGUGAUCACGUGGUAUGUUACACAUUGAAUCCGUCACCGUAGUCUAUUUAGUUUUAUUUAUUUUUUUUAUAUAUUUUUAUGACGUUCAUUUUUUUUUCUUUAAAAGUUCUGAACAUCUAAGUUCUAAAAACCUGUUUCUUACCUUUCGUUUGUGGUCGUGGAUGGCUGGCAUAAUCUUCGGACGGCUUAUUUGUCCCUUUCCUGUCGACCUAUCGAGCUGAAACUUAGCACAUAGACUCGUCGCCGAUGACCAACACAUUCUUUCAAAUAAUUUGUGGUGUAAAAGCAGUUGGCUUCAUUGGAGUAUUUAUACAGCUCUGGAGGGUUUGAGGGGGGGGUGUGAAUAAAAUGUGUGGUUGUGAGGGGAGCACUAACUGGGAUUCUUAUAAUGCACGUUACAGAAAAAAAAAUUUUGUCAAAUUUUCAACCCCACACUCCUCAAUCGCUCGAUAUUACAUUUUAUUAAGGCUUUAUACAAGAAAAUUCGUUGUCAGGCAGGAGUUGUUUAAUUGACCAAUGAAUUGGUGCAAAAACGAGGCGAUCACAAUAUUAAACUAAGAUUUGAUCAGACGAUUUGUCGAUGCACCAUGUGAACACUUGUUCAUCACGUUCGAAGACUUAAAGUUCCUUUCAGGAAUGACAACCGACAACUGUCCACGCAUCACUCGUUAGAAUCUCGCUGUCGGUCACGACUUGCGGGCAUGUACGUGGGCCAAUGACCAGACAUCAUGAUUCCCAAUGCCGAAUAUAUUUUUAGUAGACCCAGCACCGAUUAACGUUGGAUCAAUUUCUUCGUGGCCGAUGAUGACACUUGAGGGUCAAGGCUAAUACCGUUACCUUUCCGUUAUCUAUUGGCGCUACGUGCCUGGUGUCAGCGCUGCAUGCAAAGACCAAAAAAAAAGACUUAUGAAAGUUCUUAAGCAUUUAAUUCAUUUGAGUAAAUAAACCAUGAACGUCAAUGUUUUAGGUAACUAUAUUUGUCUGGCUGGAUUGAAAAGUUGGUCUUGGAAGAGAGAUAAGUCUCACUUGAUAUUGGUGUAGUUUGAACUAUACAAUUUAGGUUUUCAGGGUUUGAAAAUGUCCAUACUCCAAGACUUACCAACCUGAUGUUGUCAUCACUUACCAACCGGAUGUUGUCAUGACUUACCAACCGGAUGUUGUCAUGACUUACCAACCGGAUGUUGUCAUGACUUACCAACCGGAUGUUGUCAUGACUUACCAACUGGAUGUUGUCAUGACUUACCAACCUGUAGUUUUGAUAGACGCUUUAACUUGUUUCUAAUAAAAUCCACACAAAAAAUUCAUAAUAAUAAUAAUUUUUAAAUAUUAAAAUUUUUAAUCAAAAAUAGUAUUUACAAACAUAAAAUUGUAAUAUUAGUUGUUUCAAAUCAACAUAAGGCACUGUAAAUCAAACAUUAGUGGUUGUAAAUCAACAUUAGAGGUUAAAAAUCAACAUUAGCGGUUGUAAAUCAACAUUAGUGGUGGUAAAUCAACAUUAGAGGUUACAAAUCAACAUAAGUGGUUGUAAAUCAACAUUACUGGUGGUAAAUCAACAUUUGGUGUUGUAAAUCAACAUUAGUGGUUUUUUUAAUCAACAUCAGAGGUUGUAAAUCAAUAAAACGGGUUGUAAAUCAACAUAAGUAGUUGUAAAUCAAUAUUAGUUGUUGUAAAGCAACAUUAGUGGUUAUAAAUGAACAUAAGGGGUUUUAAAUCAAUAUCAGUGGUUUUAAAUGAACAUAAAGGGUUGUUAAUCAACAUUUGAUGUUGUAAAUCAACAUUAGGGGUUAUAAAUCAACAUUUUUGUUUUUAAAUCAACAUGAUUGGUUGUAAAUCAACAUUUGUGGUUGUAUAUCCACAUUUGGGGUUGUUAAUCAACAUUUGAUGUUGUAAAUCAACAUUAGUGGUUUUAAAUCAACAUUAGUGGCUGUAAAUCAACAUUAGUGGCUGUAAAUCAACAUUAGUGGUUGUAUAUCCACAUUUGGGGUUGUUAAUCAACAUUUGGUGUUGUAAAUCAACAUUAGCGUUUUUUUAAAUCAACAUCAGAGGUUGUAAAUCAAUAAAAGGGGUUGUAAAUCAACAUAAGUAGUUGUAAAUCAAUAUUAGUUGUUGUAAAGCAACAUUAGUGGUUAUAAAUGAACAUAAUGGGUUUUAAAUCAAUAUCAGUGUUUUAAAUCAACAUAAAGGGUUGUUAAUCAACAUUUGAUGUUGUAAAUCAACAUUAGGGGUUAUAAAUCAACAUUUGUGUUUUUAAAUCAACAUGAUUGGUUGUAAAUCAACAUUAGUGGUUGUAUAUCCACAUUUGGGAUUGUUAAUCAACAUUUUGUGUUGUAAAUAACAUUAGUGGUUUUAAAUCAACAUUAAUGGCUGUAAAUCAACAUUAGUGGCUGUAAAUCAACAUUAGUUGUUUUAAAUCAACAUUAGUGGCUGUAAAUCAACAUUAGUGGCUGUAAAUCAACAUUAGUGGCUGUAAAUCAACAUUAGUUGUUUUAAAUCAACAUUAGUGGUUGUAAAUCAACAUUAGUGGUUGUAAAUCCGAAAUAAGUUUUUUAACUGGCGUAUAUCUUUACGUUCCGUGGCGUCAAUGUUGUCAAAUGUUCCUCAUGACAAUGACAACUAUGUCAAACGAACGUUUUUUUAAUUAUUUGGGUUCAUUUUUCUAUGUUUAUCUAUCAAUAAAAACUAAAUAAGAAGAAGCAGCUAUCAUUCACGCAUAGAUUUAAUUUUCUGGCAAAAUGAUUGAGACAUGGUCAGUUAAUAUAUGUUGUUGCUUUUAUUUUAUUUAGUUUCUCAACAGAUUAGGGAGGCUAUGAGUCAUUUUAUUUUUUUUAUUUUCUAAACUCAAUUUUUUAAUUAAUAAUUUAAUUUUUUAAGAAAAAAUUUUCUGAAAUUUUAGUUUCAAUGGAGAGCAAAAAAUUGUUGUUGUUUUUUUGCGAGAAUAACAACAUCUCCACUUCCUAUGAUGAUAGAAACGUGGACAUUGUGAUUGAAAGAGUGGGAAUUGUGUGAAUAUCAGUUUACCGAAAAAUACAGUUAGGAGGUUUGGAAACUUUUUAUGAGAUCACUAAUUUCACAACAUUUAAUUAAGUUACAGACAUGAAAAUUGGGGUAAAAUGUCAAGUUGCGUUUUUAAAAUAGGGCGAAAUUUAAAAUACUAAAUGACGAUGCAUAGUUCUUCACUAUGCAAGUAAAUGGAUAUAAGUAUUUAAAAAUUAAUUAAUAUUUCAACGUUUUAACUUAAAAAAACAACUGAUGACAACAAUUGUAAAAGCUAAAGUCUACUAAAUUUAAAAGAACACAACUUGUGGCGAGAAACGUAGAGACGUAAUGAAAAACGUGCAAAAAUUGAUGACGUCAUGACAGCGGAAUAACAAUAAAUGUGUUCUUGUAUUUAACUUCUCUCUUAUUUUGUGACCCCCUUAUCAAAUGUCUGCAGUCCGUAAAGUGUGUAAUAUAAAAAGAGAUUAGAAAACGCUAGCAGGGCAAAACUGAUCUCUCGGAAUAAUUCUUAACCUUCAGACUGAUCGAGUUCAUAUUGCAGGUAUGAACACAGCACAAUUAUAUUUAUAAGGUCGUUGUUAGUAUCUUCCAGAGAAUAACGUAGUGUCAUAGUAUCAUUGGCUGUUGGUUUCAUUCAGCUGCUUUAAAGUAAAAUGUUUGACGAUACUUAAUUCUACAUAAUUGAGGAACAAUUCUAUAAAUAGUUGUUAUAUGAAAAUUAAAAUCGCAAACAUUGAUUAUAAGCUAUAAAGCUGUCCUGAUAACCUGAUUUUUUUCUAUUUACAAUUACGAAUGGCUUCAAGUUAAACCAUUGUUUGUUCUGUGUCCUUUGUACAAGGAUUAUGCUUUGAUUUUUUAAUUUUUUUAAAAAUUAUUUGUUUUUAAUUCCUUAGAUUCAGAAAUAAGUUGAAACAUAAAUGGGGAAAAAAAUUACUGGAGCAAACUAUACAUGGCCUUUGAUCGCUAAAAUAAUAGAAUUGAUUUAUGAAUGCAUUUACGCAGAAAGUUAGAACAAGAUCAUAGAAAAUAAACCUGAUUUCAUGGCAGCGUGGUAGCGCUCAACGGUUUGCCGUUUAUUUAAACUCCUGUAGCAUGUGUUUAAGCUUAUCCACUUAUCCACAGUUCAAACAUGAGGACUCUAUUGGGAUGCGUUAUCCUGCUGGUGAUUGGAUCCGCUGCUGCACAGACCACUCCUCAAAGCUGUACGUUUGUCAAACACGCCGUUUGUAUACGUUUGUCAAACACGCUGUUUGUAUACUUUUGUCUAACCAGCUUUAACUUUAUUUAUUCCUCACAUUCCCUUAAUUCUCCCGACAGGAAGUGACGACACUUUUAAAAAUCUGCAUUCUAAAAUCGUAUUUAAAAAUCAACUGUUGAUAUAUUUGGGAUAGCGUACAUCGUAUUGGCAUUGAUCUUCUCUGCAUGUUUACAUCCAGAAGCAGUCAUUAUAGCUAUGGGUAAUAUACCUCCGUGUCGUUAGCUGUGUUGUGAGUGUAACAAACGGUCAUCACCAAUCAGGUAAAGACAUAAGUCUCAAAGAAAGACUGCUAUCCAAGACUAAAUAAAGUAAAUGGAGUCGUCCGCUAAAGCUGUCUAAAAAUAGCAUGCCUAGGAAUCUUGUUAUAUGAGAAAUGAAUGAUCUCAAAGGCACUCGAUAAUUUCAAUUCUAGAAAUAAGCAGCCAGAUAUUUUCAUCAUAUCUUUCAAGGGAUAUAACUAUUCUCUUAAAAUAGAAAAUGUAAAUUAAUUUCUUAUGCAGAACCGUGACUAAAGGUACUAUAAGAUAAGUCCUAAAUUUGAGUUGAGCCUUAAAGUAAUUGUUAACGUCCAGUUAGCAAUGUACAAUAAAACAAAGUUCUCAGCUUUUCUUUCCAGUGCUGGAUGUUGUGGACGCCCUCAAGGCCAACGGUCGCUUCACAGUCUUCUUGGACAUUCUUGAAAAUUCUGAUGUCCUUGACCGCAUCAAUGCAUGUAAAUAUAACUAAGUCUUUAGCAUCAUUUGCAGCUUCGCUUAAGCAGUAACAGCUUUUUGUGUGCCGGAAUUGUUAAUUUAGGCUUGAGUAAUAUCUCACUCGAGAUGAGUAGCUGAAGGGAAUAAAUAAACUAUCGAGUUCAUUCAAAAGAUCUGUGGUUUCUUCAGAGAGAAAAAUGUAUAUCAAACUGUGGAAAUCAGAUUUAGCCAGUUUGUAUUUUAGAAAUUUUUAAUUAAAUAAUUAGAUAUCAACAUCUAAGUAGCUAGAUUAAGUCGAAGAUAAAUGCAUUUAAAAGCCUCUAAAUUACAUUAUUUUAUUAGAAUUUACUCAAUGUCUCUUUUUUAAAUGUAAAAUUAAGCAUCAUCUACACCAGGCCCACACAACUCAAAAUGUAAGGCGGGCCGUAAUACUUUAUAAAAACCGUGUGCGGGCCAAAAGAAAAUAGAACAGGACUUGUGUGGGCCAAAAGAAAAUAGAACAGGACUUGUGUGGGCCUUCAGGGGAAAAAUUAUUAAGAAAAUAAUAAGAAUAAAGAUUAUUUGGUUACUUCGCAGGCCACAAAUAGGGUGCUGGGGGGGGGGGCGUAUGAUGUGCAGGCCUGACUGAUCUAGAUCAUUCACACAAGUUUUGGUCAAUUCCACAAUUGAUAUAACAUUAUUGUAACUCGUCUCGCAGCCAACCACUUCACCAUCUUCGCACCGACCGAUGCCGCCUUCGCCAAGCUGCCGGCCGGUGCACUUGACGCGCUGAAGGCUGACCCGGACAAGCUGGAGGACAUCUUAGAUUAUCACGUGGUGCUGAAUACCGCUUUUCAUGGGAACCAGCAGGACCAGAACCUGAAGACCGCCAACAACCUGACCGUGAGGAUCAACUCGUACCCCAUCGUCCAUGUAAGUCAAGAGAUGAAUCCACGGUUGGAUGGUUUAGCCUUCAUCAGUUACAUUUCAUGUACGAUGUGUAGAUUCAAUCUGACAUGCGAGCGCUCUUUAUUGUCAACUGCUUCUAUCGCUGCAAUAAUUAUUCAUUCAUUUAAUGAUAACUUACGAAUUUAACGAUAACUUAUGAAUUUAACGAUAACUUAUAAAUUUAACGAUAUCCAUCUUCCAAAACUCACCCUCAUGCUGAAUAUCCUGAUCGUGCCUCUUAAACAGAGUUGUUUUCCUGUCCAAAAGUAGUCAUAAUUUAGAGAUGACCUGUUUGAUUGGAUAAAGUACUGGUGUGACGUGAUUGGUGAUUUGAAAUUUACUGGAUUCUGAUUGGCUCCUUAAAGAUGGCAAUAUAUGGCUGUAAAAUAUUCUUAUUAUUUUCGUGUGUCUAAUAAGUAACUAACAGAAAACUAACAAGUUACUAACACGUGUCUUACUCCUAUCUAAUAUGUAUCCAAUCUUCUCCUCUGUGUGUGUUUAGGUUGUCGCGGUCGACGGCAUCAACAUCACCAUCAGAAACCUUCGUGUCGUUGACGGGUACGUCCAAGGUAUCGAUACCAUCCUGACGCCACCUGUUGGUAACAUUGUUGACAUCGGGACCAACAAGCCCGAGAUUUCAACCUUCGAGAGUCUGAUCGCCCAGGCCAACCUGACCAACUAUUUCACAUGUAUGCAUUAUACUGCCCCACAUUCCUUUCAUAUCUCAUGUAGUAGUUCAAUCAUAGGUAGAUUUGAAGAUAGACAUUUAAAUAGGCAGACAGGCAGAUAAUUGAACAGCAAGAUAUGGGGAUAUAAAAACAGCUUAUUUUGAUAUCUUAUCGUCAUUACCAAGAUAAAGUUUCUUUUUUUUUUAAAAAGAAAGAAAAUGGCAGCAAAGAUACAAAGACUCGUUAUUUUUAAAAUAAUAAUCUUCUUAAAUGAUAUCACAGCAGAACAAGUCAAUUUGCUAAUUUGUUUCAUCACACUAAAAUGUCGUGCUCACCAGCUGACCACUCCACCACAAUAUUUGCACCCAACAAUGACGCCUUCAAGAAGUUGAGUCAACAAACCCUGGACUACUUGAGCAGCCACCCAGCUGACCUGGCAGGUAAGGCAAAGACGAGUUUACAUUGUAAACCUGACACGUGAAAUAUGAGACGCAUUGGCCAUCUGGGUGCAUGUGAUAUACUAAGCUGCGGUAUAUGUGAUACAUUAGCUAUGUUCCUAUCUCUGAUUUCCUAGCAAUACGUGAAAGGGUAUGUAAUUCUGUUCUUUCUCAUUCCAACCACAAUCUGCCCACACUAAAGCCAUUAAAUGACCAACCCAGGAAGGCUUGCCCCAAAUUUUUGCCCUGGCCUCCGGCUGAAAAACAAACCAGGUCAAAUGGCUGAUGGAUCCCAAAGGACGCUUUUUGAUGAUACAAGAUCUAAUUCUUUCAAAACUGUCCAAUGACUUGUAUUUUUUGAUGCAUGUUAAAUACCUUCAGCUGUUGUUUUCAAUAUCAAUUAUUUAUUCACCAGACGCUGUUUUGAUCUUUUCGUUACAGAGGUGCUAAAAUACCAUUUGGUCAAACAGCUGUCGUUGUACAGCAUUGGCAUGAAACACGCGCUGACUGUGCCCACAUCUGACCAGCACAAGGACAACCUCAUGAUUCUCGAGGAUGGAAGUAAGUCAACAGUCAAGCAAUGGAUAGAGAAUAGAGAAUAGUUAAGCAAUGGAUUUGCUUAAGCGGUUUUAAGGAAAAAGUACUUCACGUUUUUUAAAGACAAACAGACAUUGCGUACUUCACGUUUCUUAAAGACAAUCAGACAUUGCGUACUUCACGUUUUUUAAAGACAAACAGACAUUGCGUACUUCACGUUUCUUAAAGACAACCAGACAUUGCGUACUUCAGGUUUUUUUAAAGACAAACAGACAUUGCGUACUUCACGUUUCUUAAAGACAACCAGACAUUGCGUACUUCACGUUUCUUAAAGACAACCAGACAUUGCGUACUUCACGUUUCUUAAAGACAAACAGACAUUGCGUACUUCACGUUUCUUAAAGACAACCAAACAUUGCGUACUUCACGUUUCUUAAAGACAAACAGACAUUGCGUACUUCACGUUUCUUAAAGACAAACAGACAUUGCGUACUUCAGGUUUCUUAAAGACAACCAGCCAGAAUCUUAACAUUUGAGACUUUUUAUGGUUGUCUUAAGUGAAACAUAUUGAAUAAUGACGUCAUCAAAUCAAAUGUUUUGGAAACUAUUAAGGAUGAUAUUUUCGUUGUUUCUUGUUGUUGUGAUUUUAUUUUAGUUAUAGUCAUAAAAAGGAUUUUUCACUUGUUGGUCAAUAUUGAAGAUGAAAAAAAAACGGACAGGAAAAACAGUCAUACAUUGGUGGAUUCUACAGUUUAAAAAAGUGUAGUAUUUAAGUGGAAGAAAAUUGUGAAAUCGCCAUAUAACACACAAAAACCAUACGAAAAAGAUCAGAUACAAAUGUCCAUUGCUUCUUUAUGGAGCCCCAAUUAAUUUUCGACUUGCAUUUAAAAAUAGAAUGGCGAAAAAAUAUUGUAAUGUCCCUUAGGUAGACCUCUACAACGCACUCCAUCUUACCAACAUUUGGGAUACUACUCGAUCGUAAACAAAUUCUCCCCCCAGGUGGCGGUCUCAAGGUUAACCACGCCAGCAUCGUGGAGCGUGACAUCGGCUCUGUCAACGGAGUCGUCCACGUCAUUGACAACUUGCUCAUCCCCGUCCGCGUCCAGGUGGCCAUCGCCGACAGCGGCAUCGUCAUCGGUUGACCGUCACCGCCAUCACCAUCAUCACCACCAUCACCGUCCUGAUCCCGCGGCCAUGUUGGCUGACAUCUCAAUGGUGCCAACUGCCUUCACUUUGCUUCUUCUCUUAUCCCUGUAGUGUCGCCAAGAAACAUGUCUUGAACUUACUUCAUCUGAAACACGUGCUUGGUGAUGGAGAAUAAAGAUUAUUGUUGGUUUUUACGUGCGUGAUUCAUUGUUCCAUUUAAGUUAAUAAAUAUUUCCCACUAUAAUUGCAAAUGUUUGAUUAUACAUUUCAUGCUU